UUCAAACCUCCAGAAGGAUCGAAACAGGGUGAUGAGGGAUGUCCAUGAGAACCCCCAGCUAAGACGGAGCAUGGAAUGCCAUUAUGAACGUCAAGAUAGAAUUCUUCCAGAGGGAGCAAAUACAGAUAAUGAAGCCCUGAGGAAAUUGUUCAAGAUAACAAUUCCCUACGGGAUAAAGUAUGAGAAGACAUGGCUAAUUAAUUCAAUCCAGAGCUAUUGCAGUGUCCCUUUCACCCCAAUCAACCUCAGGUAUGUCAAAAAUCAAGUGGAGUUCUUUGUUCAGGAUGCUAGCACUGCCUCGACAUUGGAGGAUAUCAACUACAAGAUUUAUGAUGAGGAAAAUCAAAAGAUAUCUAUUCUUGUCGAACCUUCCACUGAACCUCAUUCUGUGCAGACUAACUUAAAGCCAGAGCAAAUGGAGGUGCUAAUGUUGACCAUGAACAAACGAUAUGAUGUUUCCCAGAAAGCUCUUGACCUCCAGAGCCUCAGCUUUGACCCAGACUUGGUAGGCCAUGAAAUUGACAUGAUCCUGGAUGAAAGAAAAUGUAUGACUGCUGCCCUGCAGAUCAUUGAAAAGAAUUUCUCUGAGCUGUUGUCCUUGAAUUUGUGUAACAACAAGCUGUACCAGCUGGAUGGCUUGUCUGACAUUAUAGGGAAGGUGCCCAAAGUCAAGAUCCUGAACCUCUCUGCAAACAAGCUGAGGACAGCAUGGGAAUUGGAGAAGGUGAAAGAGCUGAAUCUGGAAGAGCUGUGGCUGGAAGGGAACCCCUUGUGCAGAACCUUCCCUAACCACGCUGCCUACGUAAGGGCCAUCCGGGAUUGUUUCCCCAAGUUAUUACGCCUGGAUGGAAAGGAGUUACCACCAAUUGCAAUUGAUAUGGAAGUCCCUGACAUAAUAAAACCUUGUAAGGAAAGCUAUAAAGGAUCCGAGACCCUGAAGAGUCUCAUCCUGCAAUUUCUGCUUCGGUAUUAUGUGAUUUAUGACUCUGGAGAUCGACGGGGUCUUUUUGAUGCUUACCAUGAAAAGGCCUGCUUCUCCCUGACCACCCCCUUCAACUGCGGUGAUCCACUCAGCUUAUGGGAGUACUUUAAGUAUAGCAGGAAUAUGAAGAAGCUCAAGGACCCAUACCUGCGGAGGCAGCUGCUGAAGCACACAAAACAUGACAUUGUGAAUUCUCUCAGUGUCUUGCCCAGAACUCAGCAUGACUUCAGCUCCUGUGUGGUGGACCUGUGUUUUCAGACAGAAAUGAUGCUCUGCUUUUCUGUCAGUGGUGUGUUCAAGGAAUUGGAAGGAAAGUCCCCGGGUAUUGUUCGUGCCUUCACCAGGAUCUUCAUCUUGACUUCUGUCAGCAGUUCCAGUAUACGCAUUGUGAAUGACAAGCUGAUUGUGAGGAAUGCCAGCCCCAAAGAGACGCAGAGUGCCUUUUCCACUCCCUUGCCCUCACGCUUCUCCAGCUCUGUGUCUACCCUCUCUCACGAGAAGAUGGAAAUGGUGAAGGCUUUCUCCACCCAGUCUGGGAUGAAUUUGGAAUGGUCUCAGAAGUGCCUUGAAGACAACAAGUGGAACUAUGCCACAGCUGCGCAGAUCUUUACUAUGCUCCAGAGGCAGGGCAGGAUCCCAGAGGAGGCCUUCAAGCAAAUCCCCUAAAAAGAGC